CGAGGAGUGAUUUCCCCUCGGUGCCAGUCAUCACGGCGAAGACAGAUCGGGAGGAAAGGAUCCAGAUUUAGAGACUUUGUGGUGUUUCUGAGAUCGCCAAUGCCAGGAAUCGGAGUGUGAGGCCCACUCAAGGCUUCCAACAUAUAUUUCUACCGUUUAACCACAAAGACACAAGCGUCACAUCCAGAAGAUGGCGAGGGUCUGCACAUUCUGCUUUCUGCUGCUCUGUGUGAUGGAAAGAUUGUCAGCCAGGCCCGCUGACGAGAGAAGAACUAAAGAUCUACGGGUCUCCAGGCCUCUGAUUGUGCCAGGUUACCCAGAAAACACCACAGCGGUGGUGGGCGGUCAGGUGAAGCUGGUGUGUAAAGUCCACAGGCCGGCAUCCACCAAGGUGCAGUGGCUGAAGACGGAGGUCGGCACUCCAGGACGCAGCCAGGGAGGACCGCCUCGCCUCAGGGCUCUGACGGCCCUGCAGAGCAACGCAUCCAAGGUGAACACCCUGCAUCUGUCCAACAUCACUUCAGAGGAUGCAGGCGAGUACAUCUGCAUGGCCGAGAGCACCCACGGAGGCCAGGCAGUGCAGGCCAUGCAGGCGGCGUGGCUGGACGUCCUGCCCGGUACCAUCAUUUCCAGAACGGUGGACCUGACUGCUGCUGAUAUCCCCGCAGAUGUUCUUGAGGACCUGAGCGAGGACACCACAGAGCAUCUUCUGUUAGAGCCGGGUAACGUGCUGAAGCUGCGCUGUGACAUGAGCACCCGGCCUGGUAUGGCGGUGAACUGGUACAAGGAGGGAGCCCGGGUUCUGCCCACACCCCGGAUCCAGAUCCGCGGCGCCAUCAUGGAGAUCACAGACGUAACAUACGAGGACUCGGGCGUUUAUAUUUGUGUUCUCCGGGGAAGCAAAGAGCCCGUGAGAAACUUCACCAUCACUGUAACAGACUCCUUGGGGUCAGGGGAUGAUGACGAGGACAACGGCUUAGAGGACUCAUCGGCUGAGAUCGAAAAUGACCAGGUUUACUUCUCCAGAGGUCCCUACUGGACCCACACCCAGCGCAUGGAGAAGAAGCUGUACGCUGUUCCUGCAGGCAACACGGUGAAGUUUCGUUGUCCGGCCAUGGGGAGCCCCAUGCCGAGCAUUCGCUGGCUCAAAAAUGGACGAGAAUUUCGAGGAGAGCAUCGCAUUGGUGGCAUUAAGCUGAGACACCAGCACUGGAGCCUGGUGAUGGAGAGCGUCGUUCCUUCAGACAGAGGAAACUACACCUGCCUGGUGGAGAAUAAAUACGGCUCCAUCUCUCACAGCUACGUUCUCGAUGUCCUGGAGCGCUCCCCCCACAGGCCAAUCCUGCAGGCCGGCCUACCAGCCAACACUACAGCAGUGGUGGGCAGUGACGUCCAGUUCCACUGUAAGGUCUACAGCGACGCCCAGCCUCACAUUCAGUGGCUGAAACACAUCGAAAGAAACGGCAGCCGCUACGGUCCUGAUGGGACGCCUUACGUACAGGUCCUCAAGACUGGCAGUCUGAACAUGUCAGAGGUGGAGGUGCUCUACCUGUCCAAAGUUACCAUGGAGGAUGCAGGAGAGUACACCUGCCUGGCUGGAAAUUCAAUAGGUUUUGCCCACCAGUCCGCUUGGCUGACCGUCCUCUCAGAGGAGGAAGCAGCAGAUGCUAUGGACACCAUGGAGACCAAGUACACCGACAUCAUCAUCUACGCCUGUGGUUUCCUGGCUCUGAUCAUGGCCAUCGUCAUCGUGGUGUUGUGCCGAAUGCAGGUCCACCCCAGAAGGGAGCCGUUUGACGCUCUUCCUGUCCAGAAGCUCUCCAAGUUUCCUCUUCGCAGACAGUACUCAGUCGAGUCCAACUCGUCAGGGAAGUCCAGUGCGUCUCUGAUGAGGGUGGCUCGCCUUUCGUCCAGCUGCUCUCCUAUGCUGGCUGGAGUCAUGGAGUUUGAGUUGCCCUAUGACCCGGACUGGGAGUUCCCCAGAGAGAAUUUAACAUUGGGCAAACCUCUCGGAGAAGGCUGCUUUGGUCAGGUGGUUAGAGCUGAGGCUUACGGCAUCAACAAGGACUGCCCAGACCAGGCCACCACUGUGGCGGUUAAGAUGCUCAAAGAUGAUGCAACAGACAAAGAUCUGGCAGAUCUCAUCUCGGAGAUGGAGCUGAUGAAGGUGAUGGACAAACACAAGAACAUCAUCAACCUGCUGGGAGUCUGCACGCAGGAUGGCCCUCUGUAUGUGCUGGUGGAGUACGCCUCCAAGGGCAGUCUGAGGGAGUACCUGCGGGCCCGGCGACCCCCAGGCAUGGACUACACCUUUGAUGUGACCAAGGUGCCUGAGGAGCAGCUCACCUUCAAAGACCUGCUGUCCUGUGCCUACCAGGUGGCCAGAGGGAUGGAGUACCUGGCCUCUAAAAGGUGCAUCCACAGAGAUCUGGCAGCCAGGAACGUUCUGGUGACGGAGGACAACGUGAUGAAGAUCGCUGACUUUGGCCUGGCCAGAGGAGUCCACCAGAUCGACUACUACAAGAAAACCACCAACGGACGGCUGCCGGUGAAGUGGAUGGCACCAGAAGCCCUGUUCGACAGAGUCUACACACACCAGAGCGACGUGUGGUCGUUCGGCGUCCUGAUGUGGGAGAUCUUCACGCUGGGUGGCUCGCCGUACCCCGGUAUCCCGGUUGAAGAGCUCUUCAAGCUGCUGAAGGAAGGACAUCGAAUGGACAAACCCUCCAACUGCACACAUGAACUCUACAUGAUGAUGCGUGAGUGCUGGCAUGCUGUUCCCACCCAGAGGCCGACCUUUAAACAGCUUGUGGAGGAGCUGGACAGAGUGCUGCUGUCCAUCUCUGACGAGUACUUGGACCUGUCGACACCCUUCGAGCAGUACUCCCCGUCAUGUGAGGACACGUCUAGCUCCUGCUCCUCCGACAACGACUCCGUUUUUACCCACGAUGCUUUGUCCACCGACCCCUGUCUCCUGGGCUACCAGGAUGUGCGCUCCCGGAUAGACAUGAAGACGGCGCUGAGAUAGGCGCCCAAACAUAUACACACAUGAACACAACACCACAGUGGGGAAACUUUGGGCUUUCAUUGAAAAACAAAACAUUCACUGGCGGCCAUACUGGAGGUCCACAGCAGCAUUUCUAAAGUUAAGUUAAAGUUUUUAUUCUUGUUGAGUUUUACAGUGGACCUCCAUCAUGGCACCAGACAAAGCCCUUAGAUUUAGGCGGGCAUUUUUUACACACACACACAUAGACACAAAUACACACACAGACACAAGUGUGCACGUGGAGCACUGAGGCCGGUGGGCUUCAUUACAUGGUGGAGAUUUGUAGGAAAACGUUUCAUUGUGGGCAGAAGAAGGAGCAGAAGAAAAGACGACAAACUAAACAUGGUACUUUGGACUAUCAGCUCUGGCACUGUGCCCAAGAACAGUUGUAACGUUGGAAAACUGCGGCACUAAACACAACAGAAGAGACCCUGGUACUCAAAAACAGCUUGAAAUGCUUUCUUUGAUCGGCUCUCCUUCAGAGAGGCGACGGACAAUGAUCUCCCCACAUAAACUCAACCCAAAACCGGGGCUUGAAAACCUUGGUGAUAAAGACAUUUUAACAAAACAAAAAGAUUUAUUUUGCUAUGAUAAAAAAGAAGAAACUGAUUGUUAAAUAUAAAUCUCUCUAUAUAAGAUUAUUUUACUUUUGUGUUGCUUAUUUAAAAAAGAAAACGGUCUUAAAUCUCAGGAUCUCUCGUGCUAAGAAGUUGCUGUAGCAGCAGCAAAGUGCCUGAAUUUAUGAUUUCCUGUGAAUAUAUUAGAAUAUUAAAAUAUUGUAUGUACAUAUCAACAGCAGAAAGACGAUUGCCUUUUAUAAAUUAUUCUGAAUGACACACAAAAAUGAAGGUUAUUGGAGGCAAAAGGAGAGAGGAAUUUAAUCAAGUGUUUCAAGUGCCAAACCUGUCACAGCUGUCACACUGUCUUCAUGUUCAGGUUUCAUUCCAAAAUAUCACCAAAUUCAAUUUAGUGAAACAUUUGUAACUAUUGACCUCUAUUACAUAUGUACACUUUCCCAAAAUGGAAGCUUAAAGUCACAGUCAGUAAAUAAUUAAACAUAAAAUACAUAAAUUAUAACAUUGGAGUCAAUCUCAAAUAAUGAACCAAUAGUAGAUGCUGUUCAAAUUUGGUUUGCAUCAGCAACUUUUGUAAACACUGUGUAAAAACUGGCUUUUUUUGAGUUAUGACGGACUGAGAAACACAAAUUAUCUCAUUUUCCAUCGACAGCUCAAGCCUCAAAUGUUUGUGGUGAAUUAUGGACUGGCUCUUAAACGAUGGCGUAAACUUGGGAAAUUCUGGAAUGAAACUCUCCAUUUGUCAUUGUGUAGUAAACCGCUGCGGCCUCCGACCCAAGAAAACAGCUUGUGGGUAAAUACCAGAAGGAGCCCAGUUAUUGUUGCUGUUGUUGGAUGAAAACCAUAAAUUUGCAAAACUUUUUGGAUAUAAAGAAACAAAAAAAAAGCACAGCUUCUCAAAAGCCCUAUUGCCUUUUUAAAACAAGGUCUGAACAGGUCUCCAGACCCCAAAGGUCAUGAGACAGACUCAUUUACAAGUAAAAACAACAACACUUUGAGACAACAUCUCGUGGUCUUCCUCUAACAACAGCUUUACUCAUUCAGUCUUUGCCUACAUUGCUGCUUUGUCAGAGACAGUGCGUCCACGGUGGGACUCACCCUGAAAGGAGGGCUGACGAUUCAGCAUGAGGACUCUGUGGGGAGCUGGCCCAGGCCCACUGUCACUGCUGACAAGGAGAGGAGGGCAGGGCGGGGGACACUGAAUGUGAAAGCCAGUGUGAUUGAUUUCAAAUAGAGGAGAAGGGGGAGGGACCCUCCUUUGUCUGGCUGUAACCCUUCACCCAACCCAAUCUGUUGGCGAGGGGUCCUCAGGUCCGCAGCCUGGCCGGACAAUGAAGGCUUUUGCAGGCUUAAUGGGUGUGACUACGGACCAGAGGGAGUUUUGGGGGUGGUGGUGUAGGGGUAGCUUGGGCUUGUGUGCAAAUGAAGAGGCUCUUAUUAUGGUAAUGUCUCCUCUUCUCUCCCAAACGCCCCUAUCUUUAUCCAUAGCCACCAUCUUUUAAAUUACAAAUCUUAAUUCACAUUCGCUGCUUCAGCACUGCCACCAGGACCAGCUGCAGAAAAUUCCCCUGUGGGGUCGAAAUGCCAACUGAGUCCCAGUCUGCUUCCUGGAUCUGACCGCAGACAACACAGACACAAACAAAAUAACCAUUGACAGUUGUUAUGUGGAA